ACGAUUUAGAGUUUUAUUGCCAUCUCCUCAGAGGCAGCUUGAACCCAAAGGAAUUUCCGACUUAUGAAUACAUAAAAUUUGUAGGAAAUUUUCGCUCUUACAACAAUGUGCCUAGCCCCUCUUGUAACGGCUUUGACAACACCCUUUCAAGACCUUGCCGGGUGCCCCUAGGAAAGGAAGUCUGCUUCAUAGCCACCGUGCGUCUGGCAACGCCCCAGUUCUUAAAGGAAAUGUGCAUAGUUGACGAACCUUUAGAGGAAUUCACUUCAAGGCAUAGCUUGGAAUGGAAAUUUUUAUUUCUGGAUCACAGAGCCCCUCCAAUCAUAGGAUACCUGCCUUUUGAAGUGCUGGGGACCUCAGGCUACGAUUACUACCACAUCGAUGACCUGGAGCUCCUGGCCAGGUGCCACCAGCACUUGAUGCAGUUUGGCAAAGGAAAGUCAUGUUGCUACCGGUUCCUGACCAAAGGCCAGCAGUGGAUCUGGCUGCAGACUCACUACUACAUCACCUACCACCAGUGGAACUCCAAGCCCGAGUUCAUCGUGUGCACACACUCAGUGGUCAGUUAUGCGGACGUCCGGAUAGAGAGGAGGCAGGAGCUGGCUUUGGAAGACCCACCAUCCGAGGCCAUCCACUCCUCAGCACUAAAGGAAAAGGGCUCAAGCCUGGAACCUCAGCAGCACUUUAACGCACUUGAUGUGGGCGCCUCCGGCCUCAACGCCAGCCAUUCACCGUCGGCAUCCUCAAGAAGUUCCCACAAAUCUUCACACACAGCCCUGUCAGAACCCACCUCCACUCCAACCAAGCUGAUGGCUGAGGCCAGCACCCCGGCUCUGCCAAGAUCGGCCACCCUGCCCCAAGAGUUACCCGUGCCCGGGCUCAGCCAGGCAGCCACGAUGCCGGGCCCCCUGCCUUCCCCGUCAUCCUGUGACCUCACACAGCAGCUCCUGCCACAGACCACGCUGCAGAGCCCACCCACUUCCAUGGCACAGUUUUCGGCGCAGUUCAGCAUGUUCCAGACCAUCAAAGAUCAGCUGGAGCAGCGGACACGGAUCCUGCAGGCCAGCAUCCGGUGGCAGCAGGAGGAGCUGCACAAGAUCCAGGAGCAGCUCUGCCUGGUCCAGGACUCCAAUGUCCAGAUGUUUCUGCAGCAGCCAGCUGUGUCCCUGAGUUUCAGCAGCACCCAGCGGCCCGAGACCCAGCAGCAGCUACAGCAAAGGUCAGCUGUAGCGACCCAUGCCCAGCUCGGGGCAGGCCCCCAACUUUCAGGGCAGAUCACCUCUGCUCAAGUCACAAGCCAGCACCUGCUCAGAGAAUCAAGCGUGAUAUCAACCCAGGGUCCAAAGCCAAUGAGAAGCUCGCAGCAGGUGAUGCAGAACAGUGGCCGCUCCGUGAGCAGCUUGGUGUCCCAGUUCAGCAGUGCCGCCCCUGUGCUCCCACCGAGUCUCACUCUGACCACCCCCGCCUCCACCCCCCUGGGUGCCAGCCAGUGCCAGCCCAGCCCAGACUUCAGCCACGAUCGGCAGCUCAGGCUGUUGCUGAGCCAGCCCAUCCAGCCCAUGAUGCCCGGGUCCUGCGAUGCGAGGCAGCCCUCAGAGGCCAGCAGGACUGGACGGCAAGUCAAGUAUGCCCAGAGCCAAACCGUGUUCCAAACUCCGGAAGUGCACCCCGCCAGCAGCAGCAGCACCCCAACCCCGGUCCUGCUGACGGGGCAGGCGGUUCUUCACCCCAGCUUCCCCGCCUCCCAGCCACCGCCCCUGCAGCCACCACCGCAGCAUUACCUGCAGGUACAGGCACCAACCUCUUUGCACAGUGAGCAGCAGGACUCGCUGCUCCUCUCCACCUUCUCACAACAGCCAGGGGCCCUGGGCUACCCCCCGCCGCCCCCAGCGCCACCCCAGCCCCCGCGCCCGUCCCGCAGGGUCAGCAGUCUGUCUGAGUCGUCAGGCCUCCAGCAGCCUCCCCGAUAGUGCCCUGGCACUGAAGUGGGGACACAAUCAGCUUUAACCAAUGGACAAGGGUGGGUGGCCACGGGAGAUGGAGACAGGAGUCUGAACCAAACCCUUCUGCGCAUGCUGCGAACAUUUCAAAACUCCUGGAUGUUUCCCGUCUCUGGAGUGCAGCAGCUGGCGCAGGGGGAGAUAACCGGGCAUGUUGGCUGUGCUUCCCUCGCCUCUGAGGUUCUCGGGCACACUCUACAGGCAUACUGGACAGGAAGCACGUGCCCAGGGCAGGUGUCGAUACUCAGUGUACCUCCGGAAGUGGCGCGUCUUACUCUGUCCCCCAAGAGUGCACUGGCGACUCUAGCCAACAGUGGCCCGUCCAUCCUCGCUAGCUGGCCUUCACUCUCUUGAUCGUCUUUCCUUUGUACUCGAGAAGGACUGGGUCAGAGAUCUGUUGAAGAGGGAAUAAAGAGAUUAUUUUUUAUUAUUUUUAAA